GUUUUUAAGUCCAAACUGGUUAAACAUUAAUCCAAAAUGGCGCCCAUGUUCGGUCAGCCGAACUACAUCUGGUCGGAAGAGAAUUUGAGAGAAAAUUCUGAGGAGUUGAUUGACGCUGAGCACGCAGCAGAUAGUGCAGGGUUUCAAGACAUGGCAUUCGGGUAUAUGAUAAUACUGGUGGGGAUGCUGAUCUUGUGGCUGAUCGUGUACUUCUGUAUGAGGCUGAUUUCGUUAAGGCAGAAAACGCGCACGCCACCACAGAGGAGGAUGUACGUGGGCUCCCGAGUCCGACAGUCAUUGUCUCAAGCCGAGCCCACUAUCUACGUCAGCCCCAACAAUUUGCCGCCCCCACCCAAAUAUGAAUGCCUUGCGCCACCCAGCUACGAGGAAGUAGUGGGUAUCCAUUACCCUCAGUACCAGAACCAGCCCAUCACCCAGCCCAUAACUGUAGCCAUGGCGCAAAACACCCAACCGUCGCAGAACGUCACAGACGCGCCGCCCGCGCCGACGGUCAUCACCGUUACGUCAGAGCGGACGUCAGUGCAAGUCGCCGCGUCGUCGUCGUGAUUUGGUUAACCCGUUAUUUUAGUAAUAACGUUAUUUGCCAAUAACGAUUUUAGAAAUCGCGUUGCUGAUGGUAUAAAAGAGUUAACGUUGUUUUCAUUCUUCUAGCGUUGUGUUUGGAAUACUUUGGUCGACAAAUAAAAAGUGCAAUAUUAGUAUUAAUUCUAUGAACUAUCCAAAUCUCAAUGAGUAAUUAUUAUUAAUUUAAUAUUUAUGUAUUUGAGUAAAAAUUUUAAUCCGUUCUGGAACAAAAUCAGUAUAUUUAACUUAUCGUAGAAAAUUAAAUUUAAACUGUAUUUUUUUUUGAUGAUUUGACAUUUACGCGCUUUCACUACAGUAACAUUCCUUGAGCAUCUUGCAGUAUUAUGUUAUAUUUUUACCACCAAUAAAUACCACCUAUUUACUGCUGGACAGUAAAGUAAAUGCGCAUAAUAGCAUGAGAUUUUCGAUCAUAGUCGAUACAUUGUGAUACUAGUGUACCAAAGUUAAAGUAAUGCUAAAUCAAAAUAGAUAUUCAACCAUAUUCAAAAUAUUUAAAUGGAUGUUGUCCUAGCUGAACACCGAAAACGAACCAACGCGAUAGAAUACUUUCAAACAAAUCCAUGCAACUACAUUAAACUGUGUUUACAGUAAACUUUUACAAGUGACAGUACCAACACUUGAUAUUGCGUGGUCGUCUUUGUCGCUUGAAUUAAGCGAAGAUUUGAUCUUAAAUAUAUUUUUUGCCAUUAUUAUUUGACAAGAGGACACACAGCAAAUCCAGCUAAAUGCUUAGUCAGUUAAGCGCCACUUGCAUCAUCCCACUAACCUUGGGGUUGAACGGUUAAACCUGGAGUUAACAUGGUUACCAGUAUAAUUUGACACUGGGUUAACGGUUUAACGGGUGUCCCCGGGUUAGUGGAAUUGUGUAAGUGGCGUUAAGUCAGUCCUAUUAAAGCGGGGUUUGCUGGAAAAUGAAGGUCACCUAUGUGUUACCUAUGUUGUUAAAGAAGUACGGUAACUAUUUUCAUUGCAAAUAGCGGUAACAGUGACUUUAUUGUUUAAUAAAAUGUUUUUAACAUGAGAUUUUGUUCUCAUCUAAAAAACAUUUUGUUAGCUGUCUCUGUUCUCUGCCAAAAAUGCAAUUUGUAAAUAUUAUUUCAUAUAAAAUUAGUACAUUUGUGUACAAAUUAUUAUGUAUAAGUAGAGAUAUAAUUGUUUAGGUUAAGAUUUUUAUGUACAUACAUAGACUGUGGGUGAAACUUGACAAAAAGACCAUAUUUAUAAACUUUAAUAAAAAUAUUGUUA